UAAAAAUUGAUGAUCUGUAUCUAGUAGCGGCAAUAGCACCCCCAGGAACGGUUACAGCAUUCUUCGUAGAAUGUGAGUUACCGUUGUUGGAUUCCAAGAGACGGCAGUUUCUAAUGUUUCGAUCGAAUAAGUCCUUGACAGAGAUGAUGCCCCUGCCUGAAGACGAUGAAUGGAGUUUUAAGCUGGCGUCUACUGCAGAAACAAAUGUCGAUCCCGAGGCAUCCUCGCACGACUCCGAUAUUUAUACCCGUCUAACUGCAAAGAACUCUCGCCUCAUACAGAAUUACACAACCUUCGAGAGCAACAGAAUCCAAUGGAAUAAGAUCAUGAACUUCCAAGAACCAACUCUUAGAAUGUUCUGUCCAAAUCUGACCGCUCUGAGGGAUACGUUCAGAAGUGUCAUUACACUGAGGCUCGUCUACUCCUUGUCAUUCACCGCUAAGCCAGCCAAAUCGGAUAAGAAAAGCAGCCAGAUGCUCAAACCUCCGAGUGAACAAAGGGUGGUCCUGGCUACCAUACGCUGUGCACUAAAACACCCUGAUUGGAGUCAACCCUCGCAGCACUUCCACUGGGAUGACAAUCUGGCGACCGAUGAUGCUGUUCACUGGGGAGAUGGAGACUUAUCUGUUCUUCAAUAUAGUGUUGGUCCAGUUAAAACUACAAAAGGCAAGAAUGAUGCGGAUCUUAGCUCGUCAAAACAAACGCCUCCAGAAAACCUGACAUGCCAUUUUGGAUUCGGUAUCGAUACUGUUCGUGGUUAAUUUUAUUUGUUUUCGUCAUAAUAAAAAUUAUGUAAUUAAACAUAUGCAAUAUAAACUAUUCAUAUAA